GUCUUCCCUCUCCACCCUGUCCUCCACUCCCUUCCCCCAUUCGAGUGGCGUCCGAAUCGUGCAUGCGAGAGUUGUCUGCUGCAGUACGAAUGCUACAUUUUUGUUUUGUUUGUUUUCAUUGAGAUUUUAAUAUUAGAGACAGCAGUUGUUCUUCCAUACAUAGUGGGUAAAAGUACAACAGUCUAAUAAUGACAGUGACCACAAGAAGAACUGCUAACACUGAAACAAUUCAUCACUUGUGGGAUGCAAUUGUAUAUGCCCGCCAGCAAAGGCAAAUUGCCAAUAUUGAGCGCAUAUCAAGUUACAUGCGCAGAAAACACAACAUUUCUCCUGAAGAUUUGGAGAAGCAGCUGCAGUGUGCUAUGCAAGAUGACUUAAUUGAAAUGAAAAGAAGUGUAGGAUGCAAAGGCUCUAAGGCUGGAGUUGAACAAGAUUCAUAUAGAAUACCAGAAAAAGAUGCUGUAAAAGAUGGACAUGACUGGUAUUGUUUUAGCUGUCAUAAAGGAGGGGAAGUUCUAUAUUGUUCCUCAUGUCAUCGAGUUUACCAUGAAACCUGCUUAAAGGAAAUGCCUGUUAAGAAUGAAAAAUUAGUGUGUGAAGUUUGUAAAAUGAUUAAAUCUAAAGACACUUUGAAAAUGGAUAGAGAUGACUUAAACUUACUAUUGGGCUAUGCCUGUUUGAGAUUGAAAGAAAAAGUUCUUAGUAAUCGCGAACUUCUUAAAAUAGCCCCAUCAGAAGAAGAAAAAUGGCGUCACAAUUUUUUAAUUUAUGAAACAAUGGAUUUGACUAUAAUGGAAGACAAAACACAAGAUAAUGUUUACAAAAGAUUGGAAGAAUUUCUGGCAGAUGCAAUGACACUUGUUCACAACAUCGUUAUCUAUUAUGGAGUUCAUAGUUCUGCAGCUGACACAGCUCGCCAAACUCUACGAGAUUGUCGCUAUGAUUUGAAUGAAAUACGGCAGUGCCGUGAUUGUUACAGAAUGUCUAAUGAAAAGCGUGAUAAAUUUUGGUUUUGUCAGCCUUGUGACCCACCUCAUGAAUUAGUCUAUGCAAAGCAAAAAGGUUAUCCUUUCUGGCCUGCUAAAGUAAUUAGUGUGAACAAUACUGUAUAUGAUGUCCGGUUUUUUGGAGGAUUGCAUCAAAGAGCAAAUGUGGAAAAAGAAAACAUUAAACCCAUCUCUACACCAAUACAACAACUGCAGUUGAAAAGAAGUGCCACUUUAAAUAAAGCCCUUGAGGAAUUGAAACGUCAUCAACAGUUGCUAGGACAAAUUCCCAAAGAGAAGAAAACGAAGAAACGUCCGCCUUCAGCCAAUUCUUCCCGUUCCAACUCUGCUUCCAGAUCCAGAUCACGAAAAGGAUCAGUUUCCAGUGAUGAGGAUAGGUCUGAAAAUGAAGCUGAAGAAGAAAAUUCUUCACAAGAUGAAUGUCCAACUUCUUCCUCACCUAAAGUACCUCGUUUUAAAGAUGCUCCAACUCCAGAAGACCAUAAUGUUGUUUCAUCGUCUUGUCAAGAAUCGUCUCCCAGUGCAAAAGUUACAGUUUCUACUCAAACACACAAAAAGCUUCUGGCUUCUCUCAUUCCACCUAAACCAAAACCUGAGGAAAAAGAAAUUCCGCCCUGUAACUGUGAGGAAAAAUAUAGUAAAAUGUUCAAAGAAUUUAAAGAGCGCCUGGAAACAGAACAGAAAGAAGAAAAAGAGAGAUCUUUGAGAGAAUUGGCUGAACGACUCCACUUAGAUUUUGAAGAAGAAAAGAAAAGAGUUAUAGCUGCAGCUAUUGAAAAAGUUCAGUUUGAAAUGAAUGAAGCAAGAAGAAUCUCUGAAGAACAACUCAAGAAUGCUCAUCUCAUGGAAAUGGCUACUGCAGUUGAACGUCACAAAAAUGAAAUUUCUGAAGUUAAAAAGAAACAAUGGUGUUACAAUUGUGAAGCUGAAGCUAUAUACCAUUGCUGUUGGAAUACCUCAUAUUGCAGUGUGGAUUGUCAGCAAGUCCACUGGCAUAAGGAACAUAAGCGUACUUGCAGACGAAAGCGGUAAUACCUUCAUCAUCUGUUAUUCUUUUGUAGUGUGGUUCAAGGGGAACAAAUUAUGGCCCACAACUUGUACUGUCAUGACAUAGUUAUUAAUUCACUUCUUUUUCAUUUGGGGAUCUUGUGUCUGCAACCAUGCAAUUGAACUUUUUCAAGCAUUUGGAACUUGUGGAUUUAGCUAUUUUUUGAAGCAGUGACUGUGGUACUGGUACUCAUAGUACGGUCUAAAAAAAUUAUUUAUCUAAAAUUAUUUUGAAUCAUCACCAUUUUAACAAUAAGGGUGGGAAGUCUAUAUGUAUAUGUAGCUUAUCAUUGACCGUACUUUUCAUGUUUUAUACUUUUUAUAUAGAUAAUCACCAUUUGGAUGUGUACGAGAAGUAUUUCAGCCAUUCGCUUGGCAUUUGUUUGACAAAGCCAAUGGUAAGGUAGUAUUCUGAUGCAAUUUUAAGUAAUAUAUAUGCGCCCAAUGCAUUUAUAAUUAGAUGAGAAGUCUAAUAUAUAGAUUGUUGAAUUGAUAUGAAAUGUAUAUACUUUUUUUAGACAAUUCUUUUCUUAGUUUUUAUAUUGUUUUUUAUUUCUUUAAAUAUAUAAAACUAAAUGGUUGAAAUGAUUUGUAUUUUUUAAACCAGUUAUUGCAGAAUAAGUUAUUUCGUCAUCAUUUGUGUAUUUUUUAAAAUUGGGAAUGUGCAUAAUUGUUAUAAACGUAGUCAUAAAUAUUGCCUAUCAAAAACUAAUUUUUUGAUGAAUUUUAUUAUAUUAAAAUUAUUUUAUAUUUUGAGUUUUUGUAUGUCCAAGCAAUGCAGUUAUGAAGCUGUUACAAAUUAAUGAGUAAAAAUAGUAGGAUUUUUUUUAAUUCCAAUCUUUGUUAAGUCAGAAAUUAUUUCCCAGAUUGCAUUUCACCUUAUAUAUAUAUAUAUAUAUAUAUAUAUAUAUAUAUUUCCUAAAUUUGAAGAGGGGGGGGGGAGUGAAAAAUUUGUUAUUUUUUCUUAAAAAUUAAGUGCAGACUAUAAAACACUAAAAAAAGAUGUCAUGAUAGUCAUUAAAAAAAAUAUUUUAAAAAUAUACUUCUAUUCUUUUUUUUUUUUGAAGUCUUGAAAUGAUAUAAAAAUGUUGAUAAUCCAAACCUUAAAUAAAUAACUAAGACAUUUUUAAUUAUUCUGAUUUUAUUAUCAAUGUACAAACCAAAUAUUUGAGCAUAUAAAACAAUGAGUAAAAAAUAUACUAACUAGGUAAAUAUUAACCAUCCUCUGUAUGGCGAUAUAUAAUAUGCUGACAUAUGCAAGUAUUUACUUUUUAGGAAAACAAGUAUGAUCUCUUUAUUGUGUAAUCCAUAAAUGUGUUAUUCAAUAUCUAGUCUAGUUUUUGAAGUAAGUUCCUUCAGAUUACUAAUAAAUAUAAUAAUAAAAGCUUCAUGUUUGUCAUAUUACAUUAUAUUGCAAUAAAGAGUAAUGCACAACUUUGAAGGCUAAUUUGUGUUUAAUAAUUUUAUAUAUAUUUUAAAAAUAAAAAACUAACAUCUUUGUGUUUUGUUUAGUUUCAAAUAUAAUAUGUUCAUUUUCCCAUGAAAAAAUCUGAUUAUGUAAUUUAAUAAGUUUUAUUUUUAAAAUAAGUUUAUGAAUGUAGAUGUGUAGUUUAAAACAAACCAUCUUCAUUUUUUCCAGAAGUAGGACACAGUAAGAAUUCAUUUGUGAAGAAACAAAUUAAUGAGCAUUUUAUGAAGGAAAUUUGUUGUUCUUCCAUAAAAAGAAUUAAGAAGGAAAGAAUUUAUUUACAUAUUUUUUAAAAAAAUAAUCUAUCUUCCGUUUUGUAAAAUAACUUUUCAUUUUAAAAUAUAACUUUGUGAUAUAAUCUUAGGUUAGGUUAUAAUGAAAAAUGUGAGAUCUUAAUUAGUCUGUCUUUUUUUUUAUUUUAUAUUAAAUGGAAUUCUCAAUAAAUGUUUCACAUAAUACAUACUUUAGGGUUUGUUUUUUUGCCCCUAAUUUAUUGUAUUUUUUCUUGAAUUUUGAAGCACAAAAUGCACAUUUUCAUAAGAAACAGUUGUCUGGAGAAUAAUAUUCAAGUAUAAUUUCUUAAUGCUUUAAAUUUUAAAUACAAUUUUAUUAUUUUAGCCUUUUUCUUUUCAUCAUUCUUAAAUGAUAAAAGUAUUUAUUUGCUUUUUAAUUAAAAUAUGUGGCAUUUUCGAAGUGAUGAUUCGAAGGAACAUGAUUUUGUUGAAGAUUGAAAUGCAGAUAUAUCUAUAUCAUAUUCAAUAUAUUUCUUUGUAUUGUAUUGUAAUGAGUAGUAUUUAGUAGUAGCUUUGAAAAUGAGUGACAUCAAAUUAUAUCAUUAAUAUAGGAUGUUGUGAAUUGUUAUCUAUAUAUAGACAUAUUUUUAAUCAAAAUUAAUUAGCCUCAUUUCAUUUAGAUAUGGUAAAAUUCUGUAUUCCCGACUGUAUAAUAAACUGAAUUUUGACUAAUUUAUUAACUUUUAAUAAAAAUACUUGUCUUUCAUUUCUUCGAAUGAUUCAAGCCAAUUUUGAUUUCAUAGCUAAGUUUAUGUUAGUGUUAUGAAUACUUAUUUGACUACUUUUUUUUUUUUUAUUAAUCAUUCAUUAUAAUUUUCUAAGAUUAAAUAACUAAAUAUGCUCACUGUUUUUAAUUAAAGCAGCAACUUUUUGGUAGAAAUUUCCAUUUUGCAGUGAUUACAAAUAUUACUACUCAGAAAUAGAGCAUUUUAUUCUACUUCUUUGAACAAUGGAACUAUAAUCAAAGAAAUUCAUUUUAUAUUAUAACAUUUGUGAUAAAUAAUAUUAAAUUGAGAAGAUUCAAUUCCAACAGUAUUGUAGAAUGUACUAUGAAUUAUUCAACAUAAUUUUCAAUGCAAAAUGAAUUUAGUUCCAUUAAUUCAACUUUCUUUUUAUUUAUCGUGUGUUAUUAUUAUGUAGCUAAGGCAUUACAUGCUCAUUGCAUCAUUAUAUUCAUUCAUUACCAUUAUAUGGAAAGGUUUUGUGACAAGAGCAAAACCAUUCUCAUGCAUUCAUCUAAAGGGAAGAAGUUUCCUUUCAUUGGUAAAAUUGUUACCUCAUAAGCUGCCUACAGUAUUGCAUCAUAUGGUUUAAAACUUUUGCUGUAGAUAAGUUCCUUAUCCCUCCACUUUUUACCGAACUUUAUUAUUUAAAUGGAUGCCAACAGGUACAUUCCUCAAAUAAUGGUUCAUUAAAUAUUUUAUAAUACAGAAAAAUGAAUCCUUAGAACAAAGACUUUUGGAAUGCUGUUUUUGAACAUGUGUCUACAGUUAGGAAAAAAAAUUUUUAUAUGAAAAACAAAACAAAAACUAUUUGUAUUUGAAAUUAAAUACUUCCAAAAACGAAAGCCACUUUUUAAUUCAUAAUUUAAUAUUAACUUUGCAUUUUAUAUUUAUGGAAACAAUAUCAUUUAAACUUUUUUUUUUACUACAAUUUGAAAUGAUUUCUUACUGUUGCUUUUAUUGGUUAAAAAGGUUAAUUAGAUGAAGCAUUUCUUAUCAUAAAAAUUAAAAACUUGGUAAUAUUUUAAGUUAAAGAAAAAAAUAAAACGGAUCCAUAUGGAUAAAAGUAGGUAAAUGUAGUAAUGCCCUCGGUAUGUAUAAAGCAUUAUAUGAGAAAUUUUGUCAUGCUCUAUGUAAUUUGGAUUUGAAAUGUUGACCUAUAAAAUGGACGGUUUUCAGUUUCAAAAGUGUUUUAAUAUGAUAAGAAUAGCAAUGUAGGUAUGUGUGAUAAUUUUGAAUUGUCUUACCAUAUAUUUCAUCAUUUUCAUGUGCACUUCAUCAGAUUUUAUUUAUUUGUUAUAAAAUUAAGCAUGUUUGAAUUAUGAUGAAAAAUUUAUUGUAUUUCAUUGUGUUUUCAUGUUCUUUGUCUUAUCAGAUAUUUUGAUUAAUAUUAUGAUUUCAUUAUAUGUGAUAUUUAAAGCACAUUUUUUUUCUCAGAGUGUAUUUAGAAGUUUCAUAGUGUAAAUAUGUUCAUUAGCGUUACAGUGUGCUUGAAAUUACUUUUAAUGCUUUUUUUUUCUUUCUUUUUUUUGAAAUAUGGAUUCCAGAAUCAUUGGCAAAAAAAAUAAAAUAGCACAAUAUACUUAUUACUUAGCAUUUCAAACUAUGCACUUUCUGAAUCUUAGAGCAUCUAAUUUUAAUGAUGUUUUAAGAAAAUUGUAGUUUCUAAUUAUUUUUUAUAUCAGUUUAACAUCAAACAUUUUUAAGACUGUGAAACAUAAACUUGCUUAUAUGUUGUAGAACUAUGCAAUUAAUAGGUUUACUUGUAUGAGAAAAACCCUCAAAAUUCUCUGGUAAACUUGUGAUAAAUCUAUGCAAGGCAAUCUACAUAUUCUGUUCCAUGUAUAACGAAAAAUAUUUGUUAUUCUACAAGUGUACUGUCUUUAUUUUUUGUUAAACCAAACAGUUGCUUGUAUUUGUAUGAAACCUUAAUAUUGCUUAACCUGGUGAUUGGUAAUAAAUUCUUAUAAGUAGAA